AUGCAACUUGAAUCAGAUAACUCCUUUCUACAAGACCAAGACCUUCGCAGUGAAACAAAUCACAGUCAAGCCCCGGCAACACACCGGCGCCCGGGCGAUGGACAUGAUGCAGCAGAGGUUAUUAGCAUCGUUCCGGGCACCAUGAUCUACCCAGCCCAGCUUAUUACACCGGCGCCCAGGUAG